AUGGGACCGGACGAGGCUGGGCUUAGUUCCGACUGGGUCUUUUCUCUCAACUCGAGCCAUGUAUGCAAUGACAAGCGAUGGUUCAAGACCUUGGAGCCAUUUCCCACGGCCGUGGUGCAAAAGAGCUUCCUGACCAAGCCGGCAGAGACCAAAGCCGAAGGCGUCGGGACAGUCGACUUGCCGGUCAAGCGCUCGCCGCACUUGAGUGGACGAUACGCGCACCAUGUUCUACGCCUAGAGAAUGUCAUAUACGUGCCCGACUACAAGUUCAACGUUGUCGGCAUGGAGAUUUUGCGCAAAAACGACUGGGUCUAUGAGGGAUCCUCACCGUUCAAGGAUCAGGAUGCCGCCAUCCUCGACCAGCAGGGACUGCAAGUUUGCUAUAUGCGACAAAACCAUGGAAUGUCCUGCAUUCGGCUCAGUGGCCCUCCUCACGGACCCGUGACUUCACCGACACAAUUCGAUGGGGAAUCGAUUCAUAUCGUAGGACAUAUCAUGUGGCCGGAAACGGAGCGUGUCCGGUUCGAGAGGCAUAAAGCAGCCUUGGCAAGCAGAAAGCAGGGCACAGAGCCAAGUAUAUUCACGGUUUCCGAGCUAUUGGCCCAUAAUCGCCCCGGUAGACGCGGCUACACCACUGAGGAAAAGGCAUGGCUAAAGAAAUACCACGGAAAUGAGUACAAAUUCCUCCAGUCGCAUGGCCUCAGCAUCUACAAGGAAGAUCAGCGCGAGGAAGGACGGGCCAUUGCACGCAACAUGAUGCAAAUGGAUGAGAAGCGCAAUGAAGAAUUGGCCACUGUUCAGCCAAAGCAUGUGGAGGAGCCUACUCAAGAGCAAGAGAAAAAGAAAAACAGGCGUGGUGGCAAGAAGAAGAAGAGCAAUGCUAACAGUGAGACCAUCACCGCUGGCGUUAGUGGCGAUGCUACACAUGCCAGCAGUGUCGAUAUCUGGAGCGGUGCGAAUGCUGAACCCCACUUGGAUGCGGUUGAGACGGGAAUUGUUGAUCAAAGUAACGAGCAUGCUCAAACUGGCAAGAGGAGAAAGAAUAAAAAGAAGAGCAAAGCCAAGAUAACCGACUUGGCCACGGAUACGGGCAGUGUUAUCAACAACACUGGCACCGCCAAUGUCACAAGAGAUGUCAAUCCUAGCAGCAACGUGGGCGGAUCACAAAUUCAGGAGCUGGAGCAGACUGCCGGAGUCACCCAACCCAGCAAAAAGAAGAGAAACAACAAGAAGAAGAACAGGAGCACGAACGAGGAGAUCAAUGCCGAUGUGGGCGGCAGUGCCACGAGAAGCAGCGCAUCCAAUCUGUUCAAUGACGCCAAAACCUCGAAUAACUCCACUGGCCCAGAGACUGAGACGAUCGAGCCGACCACCAAGACCAUUCCGACCGGCAAAAAGAAGAGAAAGAACAAGGGUACUAAGAAGGCCAACAUUGUUCCUCUCAGUCCCGAACAGCAGGAGCAGCAGGCACAAACGUACCUUCAUUCGCUGAUCCAGAACGUCGCCGCCAAGCACGAACAGGACAGGCAAAGGGCAGAAGCGACGCCUCCUCCUCCUCAAGUCCCGGCGACGAUACCUCAGCCCAGCAAGAAGAAGAGGGGGAACAUGAAGAGAAACAAGAACAUUGACAGCAACCACACAAUGAGUAGCAUCGAGGCUCGUCCUGCCCGUGAACCACUGUACUUCAUCCCUCCAGUUUGGCCGGCUGACAUUUUCAAGACCGUGCCUUGA